AUGGAUUCAAAUAAUCCUGUCAGGACGAGCUAUGCUCAAGCUUCACCAUAUGCAUUCCCUCUCCGGCCCGAAGAGUAUGCUCCAGGGCCUGUUCCAACUAUGGAAGAGUGGCGGCAACUCUGGGCGGCGUGGGAGCUGGUGACGUUGAAAAUGAUCCCCAGGGAGGCCUUGCUUGAACAGCCAAUUCCGUUACGGAAUCCCCUCCUUUUCUAUCUAGGGCAUAUUCCAACCUUUGAGGACAUUCAUCUAUCACGAGCUACAAAUGAGCCUCCGACCGAGCCCAAGUUCUAUCGGCAGAUCUUUGAGAGAGGAAUAGAUCCAGAUGUCGAUGAUCCUACACAAUGUCAUGACCACAGCGAAACCCCAGAUACAUGGCCGGAACUCAAGGAUAUCUUAGCCUACCGGGUCAAAGUCUGCAGGAGAAUUGAGGCGCUUUACAAAAAAGACAAGCCCUGGUCAGAUAGGACAAUUGGCCGUGCACUCUGGAUCGGCUUUGAGCAUGAGGGACUACAUCUGGAAACCUUCUUAUGGAUGUCGGUACUCAGUCCAAACAUCCAACCACCUCUCGGAAUUCCCAGGCCAGACUUUGUUGCCAUGGCCAAAAAUGCAUCGCAAGAGCGAGUCGAAAACCAGUGGUUCAACAUUAAGCCUCGCACGUUUUAUAUAGGGAUCAAUGACUCGGAUAACGACGACGAAGGCGGCCCGGAUGAUUUCUUUGCCUGGGACAAUGAGCGAAAUCCAUAUCCGGCCCUCGUUGGUGGGUUUGAGGCCCAGGCACGGCCUGUGUGUAUUGAAGAAUAUGCAGCAUAUCUUGUCAAGACUUCGCAGAUGGACCGACUUCCAAUUACGUGGAUAUCCAAAACUGGAAGAAAAGACGAGCCGAUAGCGAAUGGCCGGAAUGUCCAUGAAGUCGACGAAUUCAUCAAUGGUCUCGCUAUAAAGACUGUAUACGGCCACCUCCCUUUGGAACUCGCACUUGACUGGCCCGUAUACAUUUCCUACAACGAAGCAGAAGCAUAUGCGAAUUGGGCUGGAGCACGACUCCCGACGCUGCACGAAACGCGCAGUAUUCAUCGGCAGGUCGAGGAGGAAAAGACCCCGAAAAUGGGGCCCCGAUCAAAGCGUGAUGAUAUCUACAUUGAUCUGAGCGGAUGCUCUGCGGACAAGGGGGAUAUGGGUGGCGCGUAUGAGUGGACGAGCACAUUUUUCGCGCCUCAACCUGGAUUUCAACCUAUGGAUAUCUAUCCUGGAUAUAGCGCCGACUUCAUGGACGAGAAGCACAUUGCGGUGGUCGGUGGAACAUGGGCUCUGCAUCCGCGGAUCUCGGGAAAGAAGACCUUUCUCAAUUGGUGGCAAAAACCCUACAAGUACCCAUGGGUUGCCCUUCGCCUGUCAAUCUCCCUGCAUGAAGCCCUCGACUGGGGCACUACGGAAGGAAUCACCUUCGCGCCUGACAAAUAUGAAUUGAUCCAUUUCUCGCGCCGUAAGGAUGACCAGGAUUCUAGCCGCACACCAAGCGUCAUCGCGGGCCGGAUCACGAUCUCUGAGAAUACAGAACGCCCCUACCUGCGUUGGUUAGGGGUCCUCUUCGACAAGAAACUUAGCUUCAAGUAUCAUGUCGGUGAGACAACCUCGAAGGCCAUAAUAGUUGCAAACGCCCUCCGCGGCCUUGGGAACACUGUCCGGGGAAUCAAGCCAUACCUUAUGCGGCAGGCCGUGAUAGCCUGCGUGCUCCGGAAAGCCUACUUCGGAUCGGAAACCUGGUGGCCAGGCCGCUCGCGCCCCUGUCCCCGUGCAGGCUCCAUCUCAAACCAGGUCCAAGGACACCUAGAUAAGAUAGCCAAAGUCAUACAGACGGGGGCUAGGGCGAUUCUCCCUGUCUACUGCACAGCUCCCUUGCCGGCUCUGUAUCGGGAGUCAGGGCUUCUACCAGCUGAAGUAGAGCUAGACUAUAUAGCUACAUCGGCUACCAUCCGUGUUCGUCGCUUAGAUCCUUACCACCCUCUACGCAGAAGGGCGGCAAAAAUAGCACAAACUGGUUGGAAAACGAGCCGCUUUGCGCGCCGAAUACUAGCCCUGCCGGAAUCUGAGCAGAUAAACCCGUUGCAACAUGCCCCGUGGCUCCUAAGGGAGUCACGGGCGCCCAACUGCGAAUAA